CAUCAAAAUACAGAUCAGUUACAAAAUGAUGAUCGGAGAGAGAAACCACCCAAAUCAAAAGAUUCACUUUUACGACGACCCAUUUUCCGAUCACUUAUCCACCGGCGACAAUGCAGCUCCGGACCUCUUCAGCGAUUCACUACCGGCGGCGCUUCAACGUUAUCUUCCAUCCAACAACGUUGAAAUCGAGUUCGACGAGUCGAAUCGUGAAUCAGAUCUUCCACUUGAAGCAUAUUCAUCAGAUCAUUUCAGAAUGUUUGAAUUCAAGGUAGUUAAAUGCACUCACGGACGUUCACAUGACUGGACUGAAUGUCCGUACGCUCAUCCUGGUGAGAAAGCUCGUAGAAGAGAUCCAAGGAAAUAUCAUUAUUCAGGUACUGCUUGUCCUGAUUUUCGUAAAGGUAAUUGUAAGAAAUCAGACUUAUGUGAAUAUGCGCAUGGUGUAUUUGAAUGUUGGCUUCAUCCUGCUCGUUAUCGUACUCAACCGUGUAAAGAUGGAUUUAACUGUCGCCGGCGAGUUUGUUUCUUUGCACACUCGCCGGAACAGCUACGUGUAAUCAGUCCACGCUCGUCAGUCACGUUAGAUUGUUCUUCUGCUCAACGUCAUGUUUUUAUGUCGUCGCCGGAAUCUGCUUCUCCAACUUCCGAUUCACCGCCGAUGUCGCCGAUGAACUUACUAAGCAGGUCUGUUGGUUCAAGCUCGAUUAACGAGGUCGUGGCUUCGUUAAGGCAGUUACAGCUGAACAAGAUGAAGACGAUGCCUCCUGCUUGGAUCGGGUAUCAAACUCCACGGGCUUUAAUACAACAAAACGGGUUCAAUAGCCUGCCCACAACCCCGACCCAGUCUCGUAUGAUUUGGGAAGAACCUGCCAUGGAAAGGGUCGAAUCUGGAAGGGAUUUGAGGGUGAAGAUGUUCGAGAAACUUAGCCGUGAGAAUCCAUUGAAUCCUUCUUUUGCUGCUGACCCGGAUAUUGGAUGGGUCUCGGAUCUCUUGAAAUAAACCCGAUCCGACCCGACUCCGUUGCUCAGUUCAUGUAAAUAUGGUUAUUGGUUUGGUUGAUGUGGAAGAAGUUGCAGAAUAUUUUGGAGGUUGAAGAGUAGAAUCUCUUUUUUGGGGGGCUAAUUGUGCUAGAGAAGAAAGGUAAGGGGUCAAUGAUGAUUAUUGCAAUUUUACUUAUUAAUAUUGUAUUUUUUGUAUAUAAGAAAAAGGGGGUGGGUAAUGGUGCCUAAGAAAGUGGAGGCAUGGAUAACUGGAUCAUUCCAUUCCAUUCCAUUCUCUUUUGCUUUGUUAUUAUGGGUGGGUGGGUAGUUAUAUUUUAAUUAUUUA